AUGUUAGGAAUGACUGUCGGUCUGUAUGUCAGAAUGUUUUACAUACUAUUAUUGUGCCCUGCUCUGCUUGCGUCCGGAGUUUUGACGCUGACGAUAGAUUCACAGCUCGGGACCUCUAUGGAAGAUUGCUUCGAGCGUAUCUCAAUAGGAGAGCAGCUAACCCGUGAUGGCAUCUAUCGGAACGUAUCAGAAUUAACAACGGUGGAGUGCGAACAUAUAUGCAAGCAAGAUAAGCAGUGUCAGUCGUAUGAUUAUGGAGUGGGUGCAAAAGGAAAUGCUACCUGCGAGCUUAGCAACUUAGAUGAAAAAGAAAUAAAGGAGAAGAAUCUUUUUCAAAAGAAUCCAGAUUACGAUGUUUAUGUUAGAAGAAUUUUAUGUGAGCAAUCUCCACCUGUGCCAAUUGAAAAGCCGUUUGAUGGUGAAGGGCCAGAACAUAAACCAGUAAUUCGACCGACGGAUGAUGAAGCCAAAAGACCUUUAGCUGAUGAUCUGAACUCUUACGAGACAAGUAGACCACAACCAUCCUAUAACAGACCAUAUCCCGAUUACAAUCAAAAUAAUGAUAGACCCGAUGAUUACAAUUCUUUUAGACCUGAAAAUGAUAGACCGCCAAGCUAUGGAGCUCACAGACCUCAGGAAAUACCAUAUAGACCAUAUAAGAAUACAUCAAGACCUGAUUUAUAUGAUCAGCUUUAUUUUCAAGAUCAUAGGCGACCAAGACCAGAAAACUGGAGACCAGACCCAUAUCAUCCCCCUUUACCAGGAGAUGAAGUUCAAGAUAUUUAUGGGCAAACAAAUAGACCACGACCUGUACAAGACAAACCUCAGUACCAAUAUAUCAUAAGACCUAAUCGAAAACCAUCAUAUAGGCCUAAUGAUGAAUAUACACGACCAAAACCAGAUUAUCCAUAUAGUCAAAAUUCUGAACCUAUACGUCCAAACAAGCCAUAUGUUCCAACAAAACCUUAUGAUAAACCAAGCUAUACUUACACAGAUCAAUAUGCUAGUAAUUACGGCAAUUCACAUGAUAAUUCUAUCCAUGUUGAAAUAUAUGAUCCACCAAGGCCCUACAGACCAAAUGUAGACGAAAGACCAUAUCACGGAGCUGGCAACACAGGACAAAGUUACGGUCAAAAUUAUGGGUACAAUAGCUUUUCAGCCCAAAACUCGUAUUCCCAAAACCAAGCUCAAUACGGUUCCAGUUCAUGGAGCAACGGUUAUUAUGAUCCAAAACCUAAUAAACCAGCAUAUAAUCCAUCAAAUCAAAAUGAAGAUGUUGGGUAUGGAAGUACACCUUAUAAACCAAAACCGACAAAGAUUCAAAGUUCUUACAACAGUCAAUUUAGCCAAAAUAGUUAUGACCAAGCUUUACAUCAAGAAAGUUAUAAUAGCCAAUUUAUUAGUGGUCAAGCCUCCAAUAAUCAGGGAUAUGGUAAUGGUAAUAGUAAUCAAGCUUCUAAUUAUGGUCAAAAUCAAUAUCGACCAUCUCAAAGUAAUCAAUAUGAUAGUAAACCAGGAGGCUAUGACAAUCAAAUAUCAAAUUCUCAGAAUAAACCAUUUAACCAAAAUAGUAAUAAUUACAAUCAAAACAGCUACGAUCAAUCAAGUGGAUACGGUAACUCUCAGAACCAAUUAUAUGGAUCUCAACAAAGUCACCAACAAUCAAUAAAUAAACGACCAGACAAUCAAUACAAUCAUGUUCAAACUGGUUAUGGCAACGAUAUACCAAACAAAUAUGAACCACAAAAUAGUGACUCAUAUAAUUCGCAAAACAAUUAUGGUACCAGCCAAAGUAAUAAUUAUGGCUCCCAAAGCAGUUACGGAAACCAAGCGUCAAGUACAGCUUCACAAAAUAAUAACCAAUACGGUCAACAAAGCGGUUAUGGUAAUCAAGCAAGUACAACUUCUUCAAGCAACAAUGGUUAUGGUGCCCAGAGCGGUUACGUGGUACUCCACAAAAUGGUUAUGACGCCACAAAAUGGUUAUGGAAACGAUAAUUUACAAAAUGGGGGCAACCAAGCAUCAAAUAGUUAUGGUGUUUCUCAAUCUAAUCAAUACACUUCUCAAUCCCAAAAUUCUCAAAGUCAAUACGAAGCUACACAGAGUGGAUAUGGUAAUAAAUACAGUAGUUUUGACAACCAAAACUAUUACGGCAGCCAUCUUGGUUAUGGAAUUCAUAAUCUAUACGGGAUAAAGCCUGGAAGCGGAAAUGAUCCAAACCAAAACUACCAGCCUAUAAUUACCAAUAAAGAACCCUAUGGUGUUUACAGAAGGCCUAUUCAAGAAAAACCUCAAAAUUACGGAAACCAAGACGAAGAUAACGGUUACAAGAAACCAGGACAAGAUUCGAUUCCCGGCUAUGAUCGUGAUAAGCUGGAUGUGAAACCUGUUUAUGAACCAGCAAAAGAUAAAAUAAAUUCACAAGGAUACCUUUCGGGUCCAAGUAGUGAUUUCGUUACAUCUAAACCGGUUGCAGUGAGUAACAAUGGUUACGAAAGAGACCCUUUACCCGACAUUUUAUCUUAUAAAGGUAAGAAAAUAUGUUCUAUUUUAUUGCUUUAUACUUAUGAUUUUAAGAAC